AUGCAGCUUCACACAAGUUCAAUACGCUUAAACCGGCUUGGAGUCACCGAGGGAUCGAAUGGGCUAGCCGUUGUGACAAGGGGAGCCGGAGAAAGUGCGGAUUCAUCAGUGGGUGUUGCUCCUCCAGGAGGUGAGGAAGAGGGACUUGUUGUCGUCGAUGAGGGCGAAUAUCUUCCAGAACGGAGCCAACCAAAAUAUCUUCUGUUGGAGUGGUGGGAUCAGUAG